AUGGAAUAUUUUAAAGUAAAAGGUAAACUGGCAGCAUCGGUAAAAUGGUUGAUCGGUCGAGUUUAUGGUGGUACCGCACCGGAUUUGUUGCAAAAUCCUAUUCGAUAUAAUGAUAAUAAUGUCUCAUUAGUUGUGUUGAUGAUUCAGCAACCACACGGUGUUGUUUUACGUGCAUUGGCAAGUCAUUCUGUGCCGUUGAUGAUCUCAGGUGAAGAAGCCAAUAUCACCGAAGCGAUGCUCGCUUCUGUUCAGCCGUUUCAUCAGGCAGUUCAUUUGGCCGUAAUGGAUGCACUUAUGUGUGCGCAUAUGCGAUCAAUUAUCACUAUCGAACGGGUUGUUUUCGCUGUGCAGAACUAUACAACAGUUGAUAAGAGAGAAGAACCAAUGGAUAGUGUUGAUGCGCUUUUAUUUUGGAUUAAUAAGAUUUGUUUGUUGGUUCGAGAUGAUAUGGAGAAGUGUCAAGCGAUGAGAAAAGACUCGAAUCAGUGUAUCGUUUGCGUUCCAUUUUAA